AUGGCGAACUUCAACUCUUCUCUGCCUCCUUCCUUGCUUCAUAAGAUUUUCUUCAAGGUAGCAACAAGCAAUCUCUGGGACUUUGGUAGUGCAAGAGUUGCUUUCUCCUGGUUCAUACUAAUUGGCAAAGAAAAAUACUUCUACCGAUCUGCAGAUCUAUUUCACUUGAAUGAAUGGAUAGAUGAGGUCAAUGCUCUUACAAUAUUCAGGCUUAGUUGCUACCAAUUCGGUAAUCCAGAGACCAUCUACUUGCAAGGUAUGUAUGAGUUAUCCGUCCUCCAUUUACUUGAUGCAGGAAGGAAAAAAAAAAUCCAUCUUUCUGGUGAGAGAGGAUUGUUGUUGGCCAAGUAUGUAGAUGGCAUGUUGAACUUAGCAUUUAGUGUUGAUGAUAGAGGAUUUGUUCACAACUAUUCUAGUUUUACUCGUGAAUUUGUUGAUCGAAUGUAUCACAUGAUCACUAAAGAGAUAUUCUCAGGCCAUUGGGCUUACAAAAAAACUUGA